UAACGCUCUCUAUCUCUUUAUGAACUUAAGUUUAAAAAGAGAGAAAGAGGGGAUAAUAUAUAUACAUAUUGGAAAUGAAGAAACGUCAAGUUGUGAUUAAGAAGACAGGUUCUAACAGAACCACAAGCGUAUCAACGAAUCAAAGGGUUCGGUAUGCGGAAUGCCAGAAGAAUCAUGCGGCUAACAUCGGAGGGUAUGCUGUCGAUGGGUGCAGGGAGUUCAUGGCAAGUGGAGAAGAAGCAGGUACAAGGGCGGCUGUCACGUGUGCGGCUUGUGGCUGCCACCGCAGUUUCCACCGAAGAGAAGUGGAUGAAGUCUUUUGCGAGGGUUCAUCAACAUCUGAUUCCUAACUAAGAUGUAUGAUGCAUGUCGUCCUACGUACGUGGUAAGAAAAUUAAUGAGGACUUGUUGAUGAUGAUUGAAUAUAUAUUUAAACACAUUUUAAUUAAACACUCACACUACUGUCACGUACACAUGUGUAUGAAUAUCUUAUACAUA